CAUAGACCAGAAACCACUAUUGGACCAGAAGAUAGACUAGAAACCACAACUGGACCAGAACACAGACCACAACUGGACCAGAACAUAGGCCAGAAACCACAACUGGACCAGAACACAGACAGGAAACCACAACCGGACCAGAACAUAGACCAGGAACCACAACUGGACCAGAAAAUCGACCAGAAACCACAGCCAGACCAGAACACAGACUACAACUGGACCAGAACAUAGACCAGAAACCACUAUUGGACCAGAAGAUAGACUAGAAACCACAACUGGACCAGAACACAGACCACAAUUGGACCAGAACAUAGACCAGAAACCACAACCGAACUAGAACAUAGAGCAGAAACCACAACUGGACCGGAACACAGUCCACCACCAUACCAGAACACAGACUACAACCCACAACUGGAUCAGAACACCAGAACAGAAGCCCCUUGUGAACUCUCAGUAUGCCGUUGUUCGGUGAUAUCAGUGCCCCCUGGAGGAACAACAGCCUCACCUAUGGAGGAAGCAGAGACCCUCCUCUGUCUGACCAAGGAGAGACCAUCAUUGGAGUCUACCUGCUGCUACUGGGCUGGAUGUCCUGGUUUGGGAACAGCAUUGUGCUGUUUGUCCUCUACCGACAGAGAGCGUCUCUGCAGCCCACAGAUUAUUUGACCUUGAACCUUGCUGUGUCCGACGCCAGCAUCUCGGUGUUCGGUUACUCCAGAGGAAUCAUUGAGAUCUUCAAUGUCUUCCAGGACAGUGAAUACCUCAUAUCAUCCAUCUGGACGUGUGAGGUUGAUGGUUUCUUCACGCUGCUGUUUGGCUUGAGCAGCAUCAACACACUAACAGUGAUCAGUAUUACCCGCUACGUCAAAGGCUGCCACCCCAACAGAGCACGAUACAUCACUCAGAUCAGCAUCCUCAUCAGUCUGCUGCUGAUAUGGAUCAAUGCUGGAUUCUGGUCUGGAGCGCCGCUGUUCGGCUGGGGGAGUUACAAAGAUCGUGGAUACGGAACCUGUGAGAUCGACUGGUCCAAAGCAUCGUACUCCCCAGUCUACCGGGCUUACAUCAUCUGCAUCUUUGUGUUCUGCUUCUUUGUUCCUGUUCUCAUCAUGUUGUUCUGCUAUGUGUCCAUCAUUAACACGGUGAAGAGAGGAAAUGCUCUGUCAACGGAUGGAGACCUGACAGACCGACAAAGGAAGAUAGAGAGGGACGUCACCAUCGUUUCCAUAGUGAUCUGUACAGCCUUCAUCCUGGCCUGGUCUCCAUACGCCGUGGUGUCCAUGUGGUCCGCCUGUGGAUUCCACGUCCCAAACCUCACCAGUAUCUUUACACGGCUCUUCGCCAAGUCAGCCAGUUUCUACAACCCACUUAUCUACUUUGGCCUCAGCUCUAAGUUCCGUAAAGACAUAGCGGUGCUGCUGCCGUGCACACACGACGCCAAAGACUCUGUCAGGCUGAAGCGCUUCAGACCGAAGGCCGACGCCCAGCGAGGCAGCAGACUAAAGUCUCCUCUGAACCGUAAUGAGAAGAAGUACACCGCCUCUGCUGAACCCCUGAACCCGUACCCUGCCCCCAGCCCAGGCCACACCAUCCCCAGCCCUGCCCACACACCACGGCCCACCAACAAGGAGCUGUUCUACAUUGACAUGCCCCGCCCCUCUGAGACUGGAUCUGAGUUUGAAUGUGACAGACUUUAAUGGGUGACCAAUCUGACUGGCUGGAUCUGAUCACAUGACUGUCAUACUCAGGCCAUCCACACUGAAAUGUUUUUAUUUAAAUUGUGCCCACGUGGUAUUUGAGAGACCUGAUUAUUCAUAGUCACUAUAGCGACAAUUAACAAAAGAAAACAAACAACCCCCCCGCAACAAAAAACAAUAGUGUGGGAGGAGCAUCAGUCAGUGUAACGUAUAGGGUAAGUAAGCUGUCAAAAUAUCGGUGUGCAUAAGACAGAUGUGCGUGCAUAUAAGCCUAUAGUUGUGCAAACAAUAAAUAUUUGUAAACUCUUGAAUUAGUUCAUUCAUACAUAAAAUGAAGUAUGUGUAUUUUAUCUGUCAGAAUAGAUAUGAAAAAGUUUUGACAUCAAGAAUUAAAAACAUGAAAUGCAACUUUAUGAUUGCGCCUUCUCCAUCACAAAUACACCAAUGUGAUUCUACUGUCAAAAAUAGGUCACCACUUCACAGGCAUUAUUUAUCGAGCCGAAGAUACAUCGAUUCCACAGACUGCACAGCGGGCGCACAGGACUCCUAUUUUUUGGGGUAUUUCAUGUUUGAUGAGGAUUCUUAUGUCGGUGCUGUGUCAUAAUCUGAUUAUACCCUAACCCCAACCCGUAGAUCAUAACCCCUGCCCUGGGUAAAAUGCCCCCAAAAAUAGUGCUGCAGGUACAUAUCGAGGCACUGGAAUGGAUUCUGCGGCAGCUGCUCUUAGUGCACCAGGUGCCUCACUAUUUGCCAGCAAUAUUAGCAGCACAUUUCAACUGACCAGGCAUAUUCCUGUGUAGCCCAUGACUGGCUCUGGUUUAUGUGUCUAAAAUAUAUGUGAAGUGCAUGUUGGAGCUGUGGUAUAUCAUAGCCGACUGAUAUGCUGCUACAUAGUGUGUUUUACGUACUGUUUGUGCUCCUAUUUCCUAUCAGUUACAUUGGACUGUUAGCUAAGGAAGCAUUAAGUUCAGCUCAGCACUUAGGACCAUACAUGCGGCACCGAUGGCACGAAACUAUGACACCCAGGGCAUUGAGGGCAGCUGCCGCGGAAUCCAUCCCAGUGCCUCAAUAUGUGCCCAUUGUCUCUCAACUCAUGCGCAGUCUGAGGAAUUAAUGUAUCUUUUGCACAAUAAAUAAUGCCUGUGAAGUUGUGGCAUAUUUUUGACAGUGGAGUCACACUGGUGAAUUCGUAUUUGUGAUGGAGAAAGCGCAAUCAUAAAGUUGCAUUUUGUGUGUGUAAUUCUUGAUGUCAAAAUUUUUCAUUCCCAUUCUGACAGAUAAAAUACACACAACACAUUUUAUGUACGAUUGAACUCAUUCAAGAGUUUACAAAUAUUUAUUUUUUUCUAUAAGAUAAUAUGCACACACAUCUGUCUAAUGCACACGCAUAUUUGACAGCUUCCUUACCCCAUAGUAAUGAGUCACGUGACCUCUGACCGCUGUGUAAAAACAACCGUUUCUGGAUCUGACCAACAUUACAACAGCAGGGGGCGCUUACAUCCAUACAUAAAACAGAGUAGUAGAAAAAUUCCUUCACCCUAGCUGACUACAUAACUGAUCACAGAUCAAUAUUAAACACUGUUCAAUUAUAUACAUUAAGAGAGGAGUUGUUAUGAAUAAAUAUGAGCUUGGUGGA